CCGCAGCAGCAGCGAUGUGGCGUCGUGGAUUCCUUGUGCUCCUUGGCGUGGCCGCCGCCGUGGCCAGUCCUAUCAGCCGCCAGGUGGGCGUGUCGGACAAGGUCGGAAUAGUCACCAGGAAUGAAAGUGCUGUGUGUGUGAUCGACGAAGAAGUUUACGCGGAGGGCGAGUACCUGCCCACCGCCGACCCGUGCGAGGAAUGCCAGUGCAAGCCUCCGGGCUUUGCUUGCUUUGUGAUCAGUUGCGAGUACAAGCCGGGCUGCCGCGCCCUUCAGCGGUCCGGACUUUGUUGCCCGGAGUAUCGAUGCGACUGCGAGUGGGACGGCGUCGUGUACCAUAACGGAGAGCCGGUGCCUAACUUGGCCAAUCCAUGCGAAACGUGCAUAUGCUCUGGCGGCGAGGUGGAGUGUUCGGUAAUCCAGUGUGAGUGGAGGAAUGAUUGCGAGGGCAUCUACACGGAUGGCGUCUGCUGUCCUUCUUAUGAUCAUUGUCCUCCGAAGGAUGCAGUGCAAGCAAAUGAAGCUGUAACUGAAGCUUCUCAGGCUCAAGAACAAGCUGAAGUUGAGGCCAAUGAAGCGAUAACUGAAGCUUCUCAGGCUCAAGAACAAGCUGAAGUUGAGGCCAAUGAAGCGAUAACUGAAGCUUCUCAGGCUCAAGAACAAGCUGAAGUUGAAGCCAAUGAAGCUGUAACUGAAGCUUCUCAGCUCAGGCUCAGGAACAAGCUGAAAUUCCGCGAAAGCUGA